CACUUUAAUGAAAGGAGCGCACACAAACAUACAGUUCAUUAUAAAAGGCUUACACAGAGACCAAGAGGGGGGAUGUACACAGGAGGCUCAACGAUCAAAUUUUGUAAACCAAAUCAAAGCUCAGGACAAAUAUUCUUUGAAAAAAUAUAUAUUUAAAUUGAAGAAGCGUGAUGUUUUCACACAGUGCUCGAACCCGGUGAAUGACCAGCUCACAGCUUGUUGACAAACGCAUGACACUGUAAAUGUUACAUGAUUCCAAUAAAGCUCCGCCGAACUGUGCAGAAAUUAGGGAGGAGGGGACAGACUGUCUGAGGAGAGAGGGGGAAAGGAGACAGAAUGAAAGAAAGGAGAAAGCGAAGGAGAGAGAGCAGUAUAUUAUGAAAGACACCGAGUAGACUCAUCGUACCAACGCCUCUGUCUGCAGUCAGUCGAAGACGAAGAAGAAGAGGAAGGGGGAAAAAACCCGCUCUCUCGACCUCUCUGAGCGCAUCUAACGCCCAGCAUCUCACCAACACACACACAGCCCACAUCACGCAGUGAAGACUUGUGUCACGGGACUAAAACGCCUGUGUAACUUGGACCACUGUGCACGAGAGUUACCGUGCGGUCGGCUGGAAAUGAACUCUGAAGGUGGGCUUCGUGUCGGCGCAUUCACCAUAAGACUCGGCGCUUCUGCUCAUCACCAGUCCACAUGAGAAGUUUGACAGGAGCAGGUUGAAGGGAGUCUACCUGUGCUUCCGAUAGGCUGUUCACUUUGCAGGCUGCAGCUUGCGGUCGGAACUCGACCACUGCUCCACAGGACACUGAGGGUUGCAUGCCUCAGUGCCAAGAAAUUGCAAUACGUGGGAGACUUCUGCUAAGAAGACGCAAAUACAUUUGUGGAGGAUGGAGGAGAGAGCUGAGGAAGGACACACACAGGAGAACGGAGGCAGCGAUUGUGCAGCCAGACAGCCUCGCACCUCUCCCUGCACCAGUCUGAGGAUGUUUCUGGUGGCAUUGUCCUUUGCCUACUUUGCAAAGGCUCUGUCGGGGAGCUACAUGAAGAGCACAAUAACCCAGCUCGAGAGGCGCUUUGACAUCCCUAGUUACCUAAUAGGUGUCAUUGACGGGAGCUUCGAGAUAGGCAACUUGCUGGUGAUAGCUUUUGUCAGUUACUUUGGAGCCAAACUCCACAGGCCAAAGAUCAUUGCAGUGGGCUGUGUAUUGAUGUCCAUCGGCACCUUCAUCAUAGCUCUGCCUCAUUUCAUCAUUGGUCGCUAUGAGUUUGAGACAUCGGUGCGGUGGGUAGUGAACUCAACUCUUAACCCCUCUCCGUGUCGGCCAGACUCACCAGGAAACCUGACAGAAGAUGGUACACUACCUCAAGUGCCAGCCUCAGGUUGUGAAAGCGAGUCCAACCUGUCCAUGUGGAUCUAUGUGCUCCUGGGAAAUGUUUUGCGCGGGAUUGGAGAGACACCUGUUCAGCCUCUGGGAAUCUCAUAUAUAGAUGAUUUUGCCACUGAGGAGAAUGCAGCACUUUAUGUUGGUUGUGUGCAGACCAUUUCAGUGGUUGGCCCUGUGUUUGGUUACCUAUUGGGCUCCCUUUGUGCCAAAAUCUAUGUGGAUAUUGGAUUUGUGAAAAUGGAGACCAUCACCAUUACCCCAUCAGAUUCCCGCUGGGUGGGUGCCUGGUGGCUGGGUUACCUCAUAGCUGGGGUUAUCACCCUUCUUUCUGCUAUCCCAUUCUGGUUUCUGCCCCGCUCUCUACCCGUGCCAGGGCCAGAGGUCCCAGAGAAGUGCACACCAGAGCAGACAAGUUUCAUCAAAGGCUCUCCCCUUCUGAAGCACAAGUACUCAGCAGAUGAACACACUAGUUUUAUAGAGAUGGCCAAAGAUUUCGUUCCAACCCUGCGAACGCUGCUGGCACACCCAGUCUAUCUGGUCUACCUGUGCGUGACAAUCAUUCAGCUGAACUCUCUCAUCGGCAUGGUCACUUACAAGCCCAAGUACAUUGAGCAGCACUUCAGACAAUCAGCUUCAAAGGCCAACUUUCUGAUGGGUGUGAUAAAUAUCCCAGCUGUGGCACUGGGGAUGUUUUCUGGAGGUCUGCUGAUGAAGAGGCUGAAGCUGAACAUCAUGGGAGCAGCCAAGUUCGCCUUUGGCACAUCACUUAUUGGUUACAUCCUGUCAUUGUUCUUCUUCGCAAUGAGUUGUGAGAAUGCCAAGGUGGCCGGGGUGACACUUUCAUAUGACAACAUCGAUAGGAUAUCGUAUGAUAAGCACCUGCUCUUCACAGACUGCAACUCAAAGUGCGUUUGUUCAUCGAGCGACUGGGACCCAGUCUGCGGAGAGAACGGCGUCACAUAUGUUUCUCCGUGUCUGGCUGGCUGCACCACCUCUGCUGGCUCAGGAAAAAACACAGUCUUCUCUAACUGUUCCUGUGUCGGUGUGGCUGGUAACUUUACGGCCAGUACAGGUCACUGCCCUCAAAAGGACGACUGUGACAGGAUGUUCCCGUACUUCCUGGCUCUCUCUGUCAUCACUUCCUUUAUCAUCUCUCUUGGAGGGACACCAGGAUACAUGCUUCUUAUCAGGUGCAUCAAACCACAGCUGAAAUCUUUGGCCCUGGGUUUCCACGCAUUAGCAACACGGACCCUUGCAGGGAUCCCAGCACCCAUUUACUUUGGAGCAAUCAUUGACACCACAUGUCUAAAAUGGGGUCAGAAAAGGUGUGGAGGCAUAGGAGCCUGUCGAAUCUACAACACCACCGCCUACAGAAUAGCAUACCUGGGCCUGACUCUGAGCCUACGGACUAUCUCCUUUAUUAUUUGCAUCCCGGGCUUCAUCCUGCUCAGUCGACAGCUGAAGGAGGAGGAACGAAGCGCCAUCCACGGAGCUCUGAGGAACGGUGGAACUGAACUGGAGGUGCUCAGGAAGGAAGAGUUGGUUAUUUCUAAUUCCGACCAGCCACACCACCCAUCAGAGAACAACACAGAUAGACAGACACGGCUUUGACAGAGCCAGCAGAGCUGACGGCCGCAUAUAUACCCACAGUAUGUCCAGAGCGCCGCUGCACACAUGCACGCUCGCUCACAUGAAAACAAGAUUUGCAGGGAAUCACUUGUUGUCCAGUCAUCUCAUGUAAAGCAGAAAUUCUAUAUUUGUACUGCUGGAUGUGUAAAGGCUUUGUAAAUCUGACAGAAAUUUGAUAUGACUGAAAUAUUUCUUGAAUGUACAUGCUGUUUUUCCUUUUAAGAAAAAAAUACAAAACAUACGAUAAUUUUGAGUUGAAAAAAAAAUAUCAAUUAGGAAAUGUGACUUGUACAGACUACUGCAAAACAGUACUAUUUUGAACACCAGCAUUUCAAAAGCUGCCUCUUUAAGAUUCUUCUUUCAAAGUUAUUCCAGCUGACAGCAGUGUUACAGAACCGAAGAGGUAAAGUGGCCUUAUAAACCAGAGGCACAACAGCAAACUGAUAUGUCCUAAAAAGAAAAAUCUGGCCUUUAAAGACAUGAGAUUUUUUUUUCUCCAUUAAAUGAGUUGUAGAAUUGCUCAUACAUUUCAGUAACACAUGGAGGAUACUGAUAUGACGUUUCGGUAUGUGCCUCAUUCUCUCAACAGUUACCUCUUAAUGUGUGUAUCAGAGAUCUUUAAAAAACAAUUUCAUUUUACUUUUAAAUUUCAGAUCAUCGGAUCUUUACUCGUUUAGGAAAAAACGAUUCAUUUUUGCCUUUUACUUAAAGCCCAAAGUUGUGAGUGUAUAGCAGUUUGUUGUUUUUGUGCUUUCUGGAUGUGAACUUUGGGUCCGUUGGUAUUCAUAAUCACUAGAAAUGGGAAUUGUAUUUUAGUGAAAUCUGCUUCAGCAAACAGCUCUGCUUUUUUCAAACUCUAGAGCCAUGACACUCACCUCUGAGUGGUGCAAAUGUUUUAGUUUCACACACACAACUCACGAAAGCUGUUAAUAAUUGGUAUCAGACCAAAUUUGCAUCUUAAGCAUCUCAAUUGGGCUCCCCAGGCUCUGGUAUUAAAUAACCGUUGUUGUGCCUUGGAAAAGGCAGAGAUUGUAUUGUUGCAACACUGAUAAAGUACGUACUGUAAAAAAAAAGAAGAAGAAGAAGAAGAAAACACUGUGUGUGAAGUUUUAUCACAGGAAGUGUAUUUGUUGCUGAUAUGUAAAAGUUCUGUUUCCAUCGUCAUGCGUUUCACUGGUUGGUGUUUCUACCUUUUGUAUUCUUUAUGUGUCUUUAUGCCAAUGUCACAAUUUUAUCUCCCCUUUCUUCUCUUAAACAUUAACCCCAUUUUUGUGAAAUCUGACAGUGAUUUCUCAGUUGUAUGAAUCGAGUAUGUAGCAUUUUUUUUAUUUUAUGCAACUUUUUUUUUUUUAAAGAACUCUUUUUAUCCCAGUCUUUCACUGAAAUCCUGGACAUUUUUUUUUAGCAUUUCCUUUCAUUGAAAGCGAAUUAUCAGAUAUCUUACUGCUUAAACUACAGCUCUGUUCAGGGAUCUGAUGAAAUUAUUUGAGGGUACACUGGCUGCUCUGAUGUGAUGUUUUGCAAUGACUCAUGAAGUCGUGAUCUUUGGAAUGCAUUCAGAUUCAUGCCCAAAGUAUUGAUAUCGUUGAAAGUGGCGUACUGAUUAAUGAGACUCAUCGCAACAACCUCUAAAAUUCAGCAAACAGUUUCCUUCGACCACCCAUUUGUACAUACCAGAUGCCCUUUAUAUGUACAUCAGCAGAAAGAGUAAAUUAGCCCAGCUCAAAAUUCAAGAUGUGUUAAAUAAAGGAUUUGACAGACUUUUUAACACAGUCACACUUUCCCGGAGUGUUAAUUUAUUUUCUUCGGACGGUUGCAACAGCAGUAAGUGGAUCAGACAGUUUCAGUUCAAGCCCGUAGAGACGGUGUUUGAUGUGAGAUUAUUUUUCGAGUCUGUAGUUCUCUACUUUCAGCAAAUGAUAAAGCUUAGGGUACAUGCUAAACCACUGACUGUAUUUAGAAGCAUUGAUAAUGCAGAACCCCCCCAAAUAAAAUAAAUAAAUAUACAUAUAUAUUUAUACAUAUAUGUCCCUACAUGAUUGUAUAUUUAUGGCUUUUCAUGAUAAAAAGCAUCAUCUGACCUGUUAUUACAGGUGACAAAAACUUGCCUCAACAUCACAUGUUGUGGUAUUUGUCACUUUAAAUGGGAGCUGUGUGUUUUAAGUAAUAUGCUGGUUUCAUAGUUUAUAAUAUUUAUAGUAGCAUAAACUCUAUUGAAAAUGAACACUAUUUACCAUGUAGCUUUUGUAUUGCUGUCCUGCUGUGGGCUAUCAGCAUCUCAUCACUGAUGAGAACCUGUAAUCUAAAUAUGGCUUCUGGUUUGGUAGCUUAGAGGACGUUAACUGAAAGCAUUUGCUUGAUUUGUGGAUAGAUGAAGUUUGGCAAAAUUGGGUUUUAACAUUUUAAACUGUCCUUUAAAAGCAGCGUGUGGAUUGAAGGAGGAUCUCUUUGCACUGCUGUUAGGAAUAUUUUAAGGUUUCCUGUAACUUUCCACUCAAGUGCCAAAUCAGAUUUAGUCAGUCCCAUUUUUUUUAUUAUUAGAUAUCAGGGUGAAGUGAUAUUCCUCCAGUAACAGAAUGUUCAGUGUGACUCAAAAAAGGCAUUCAAUUUAAUUUUGCAGUUACCAGUUUUAUUUCAAGGUCAUGGAUUUAUGUUUUUCAAAGGAGCCAUGGACCCACAACACACGUACCAUUUGGGCAAGCUGCAGCAUGAGGUGACUGUGUCAUCUUCAGGUUCAGUUUCAGGCUGACAAACUCAGAAAGGUGUAGAGAAAGAAAGUCAUUAUCUCAAUAAUGUAAGGCAUUUGCUUGCAUUAAAGAAAUCAGAAUGUAAAUAACUUUCUUGGAUUAUUUUUGCAAAAUUUCAAGGAAUAUAUUAAAUGAAAUAUUAAAAUAAAGAAUUUUAAUACCCAAUCACAUUAUGUUUUUUUGUGAUUUAUUUCAUUAGCUGGGAAAAUAAGAGAAAAAAAAAAAUGGUUGUAGUGCAGGAGGCACAUGGACCAGAAGGGAAGUGUGGUCCUGCUCCUGAAAUUCAGAUAAAUUAUUAACAGAGUUUGUGUUAAGAAGUCAAAACAAAGCGCAGGAAAAAAAUAACCUUUAUUAAAGAAAAUUCUGCUUUCUGCGUCCACCGGAAAGGCACUUAAAUCUGAUUUUUAUGUUCAAACAGCAGAGCACAACAUGAACAUGUAUUUAUAUUACUGGGAAAAUGAACAAUGGUAAAUCACUAAUAAAAAGCAAACAUUUACAUGUGGUGAUGACAAUCUCAGGCCCUGUUUCACAGUGACAUGGAUUUGUUUUGUUUGGAUAAUUACAAAAAAAUAUACAAAAA